AUGCAAUGGCCCUUCAGGAUUGCGACUUGCUCCCAAUACUACUGCGCACCCGAGGAGCUCUCUUCUCCCUCUCCGGGAUAUUCCGGUGCGCGCAGACCACGGCUCCUUGCGCUGGCUGGGAAGGUGGGGAGGCGCCUGCCGGAGAAGGGGUGGUUUCCCAGGCUGGAAAGGGAAGUGACGCCUAGCAAGGGUUCCCGGAAGCGCCUUGAUCCUGUGUGCGAGACAGUGUUUUCACUUUUUUUGGAUACCCAAGCGGAGAGGUUGCAGGAGAGCCUGAAAAGACAGGUAAAAGUCGGGGCUGCGACGCACGAGAGGUGGCCGCGAGGUCCCGGGACGGAUCCGUGGGGAGGGGGUGGGAUCGGGGCCGCCGGACACGCACACCCGCAAGUGCGUGGGUCUCCCCCGCGAGAAAGUGCCAACAUCUGGCGAACAGAGAACCCCCCCCUUUUCACCCACCCCCGCACCCCGGGGGCUCGGCGCGGGCAGUCGAUCUCAGCGGUUUGCUGCGCCAUCGCUUGCAAGGUUUGCUCGGAGGCAACUUCCGCCGUGUCCAGAGGGGCUUUGUACUUAGGAUCGCAGACUCGCUGAGAGGGGCGAGCGCCGAGGGUCCCUAAUUAUGGCACUUGCGUAGCAAGGAUCUCGGGCGGGGGGCAUAGGCGUAGCCGGGAUUUAUGUUAGGGGGCGGCAGGACACCCACCUGUCAUCAUCAUCUGGCUCUGCCCAGCGGAUUCGGAAUGAAAUGUCUCAACAACAACAGUUGUUUUGACUUACUUUCUUUUGACCCCAAGCGCUCAGAAAAAUCUGUCCAAACCUUCCUACAAUUUCUACUUUUUAUUUACUAGAUUUACCCCCCCCCCCAGCUCUCCCCAGGGGUGGGGGAUGCCUCACUUCCAAGGAGGGUAAUGGCAUCUGGGGGAGAAUAGGCUUUGCCUUUUCAGUUUGAUCUGCAAGAGACCACCUGCCCCUGUUUGAGACCCCCCACCACCAGCAAGCACACUGAGGAAGUGAAAAGAAGAGACAUCAAUUUGUUGUUGUUGUCUAGUCGUGUCCGACUCAUCGUGACCCCGUGGACCAGAGCAUGCCAGGCACUCCUGUCUUCCACUGCCUCCCGCAGUUUGGUCAAACUCAUGUUCGUAGCUUUGAGAACACUGCCCAACCAUCUCGUCCUCUGUCGUCCCCUUCUCCUUGUGCUCUCCAUCUUUUCCAACAUCAGGGUCUUUUCCAGGGAGUCUUCUCUUCUCAUGAGGUGGCCAAAGUAUUGGAGCCUCAGCUUCAGGAUCUGUCCUUCCAGUGAGCACUCAGGGCUGAUUUCCUUAUAAGUCCUCAAAGGCCCUGGAGAGAGACAGAGAGUUGCUGUGGGGAAUGACAGAGCCUUUGAAAGCUAUGCCCAGGGUUAUAGGCAACUGGAACCUGCUCUGGUUUGUGGUGUUGGAACAAAAUGCCAUGCUGAGUAGCAGCUCAGUGGUGAAGAGGCUGAGCUAUGAAUCUGGGAGUUCCUGCUUUGAGUCUCGCCUCUGCCACACAGCCGCUUUACGCAAGCCCCCACCAUCUGGAAUACUGGGUGUGGGUUGGAAGGAAUAAGUUGGGAACUGCAACACCAUGUUGCAGUGUGAAGUGCAACUUCUGUCCAGGAUGUCGGCUAUCUUCCAGGAUAAUAAAUUGAACGCACUCACCCCAACAUUUGUCCCUUCAACACACCCCAGCCAGUCAGUAUUUCACAGCCAUUGAGCAUGCACAGUCUUCGUUGGCCUGUUGUGAUUUUUCCCCUUCUAAAGAUGUUCCUGCACUUCUGCAAACCUUGGAAUUCCCUUAAAUUUACUCAUACCUCCCUCUUCUGCCAUUUCGACUCACCUCUGAACUCACAGGGGAUGGCGAUAGUAUUGCUGAGUUUCCUUACAGCUGGGGUAGCCAACUUUGUGCCCUCCAGUUGGCGCACUCCGGCUCCCAUCAGUCUCAGCCGGCGUGACCAAUGGGCAGGGAUGAUGGGAGUUGUAGUUCAGAAACAGCUGGCAUGUACCAUAUUUGCAACCCCUGCCUUGUGCGUAUUUCUUGAGAUUGUCGGGAUCUCCAUAGCUAGCUCAGAACUUUGUGUACGUCGUUUAACAUAGCCCAGUUGGUAGAGCAUGAGGCUCUCAAUCCCAGGGUUGUGAGUUUGAGCCCCACAUUGGGCAAAAAGAUGGCUACAUCGCAGCGAGUUGGACCAGAUUACCUUUCCAACUCUACAUUUCGGAAAAUGUAAAUGGCUAGUGUGUCAAACUGGAGGAGGAAGAGGGAAUUUCCCUCUUUCAUCCAUCAUGUGUAGAACGCAUGGGAGCAUGAGGGGGAUAUGUUGAUACCUGUCUCCUCUUUCCCUUUCAGGUUGCAUCCUGCCCCCAGGUCUGUUGUUUGGCUGACUGCCCCUCCUCCCCACUGCCGUGCUUCUGCCCCAUAAGCCCUGCCAUGUGGCUGUCAAAUAGCUGAGUCUCUUCCCCACUGUGGGGAGAAAGGUGAGUUUUAAGGGCAAGUCUGUAUUUUCUCAUUGUACGUGGGGAAAAGUGGGUGGGAAAUGUUUCAAUGUGUGUGUGUGUCACAGAGAUAACACACAUGUGUGUGUAUAUAUCAGUGAAAAGCUGUAAAAGAUGUGAGUGAAACAGUAGGAGAGAGGAAACUUCAUGGGCAGGGAAAUAUGGAACCAAAAGGCAGUCAGAGCAAUCCUAACUAUAGGAAGGUGGUGUAUCUCAGGCCAGUGUAAGUUAACCUGUUCUGUUCAGGAACCUCUGGGGGGGAGGCUGCUGCCAGCUGAGCCAGCAGGCGAGUGUGGACUCAGGCGUUGAGGAUUGGGUCCUUUUAGGUUGCAUGGCCAAGUUGAACAGGCGUUAAGUCUCUCCUUGCAUUGCCUCACCCCCACAACGCCCCUGGAACACCCCUUUUCAGGGACUCACAAAGUUGCAAUGGAGUGAGGGACUUACAAUUCAGCUGGACUCUGGCUGAGCUGGAAAAGCCCAAGGUUUUCCGAAUCCAAACUCGUUUAAUCUCAGCUAAGAAAAGAGGAGUGGAACGAAAGGAUGGGCAAGUUGCAUAGUUGUUGGGUACAGAGAGGUCAAAAUGAUCACCCCUCUUCCCUUAUAAAUAAUAUACCUUCUGACAUUGUGCUGACCAUUUUGGGGAGAAGGCUCCAGAAGUGUGUGAAGAAGACUCAGAGCCCCCUAAAAAUCUUCUGGAGUAGAAAAUAAGAGCGUAAGGAGAGCUUUGCCUCUGAGAAGCCCAUGAUUCAACCAUCACAGCUCAGAGAAGUAAAUUUGCUUGCCAUGAAUUUGUGCAAAUCCGCUUUUAGAGCUGUCUAAACUAGUAGCCGUCUUUGCAUCUUGACGCAGCAGCCUCCGUACCUUCAUUUUAGGAGAAGUUGAAUGCAGAAGUACCUUCUUUAAUCCCUCUUGAAUCGAUGGUUUUUAAAGUACGUAGGGUGACCCAGAGUUUGAAUUUAUGGGUGAUGGACAUCAGCAUGGCAGGAGAUAGGACUGGCCCUACCAUUGGGCAGAGAAAUAUGGCCUCAGGUGGCUUCUUUUGGAUGUCAUGUAAAGGUAGCAAAUGUAUUGUUGUGCUUUUUGCUCCCAGGCAGAAGCCCCUAUGGGGUUUUCUGCCUCAGGUAUCUAAUAAUUUGGCCAGCCUUGGGCUGCUGUGGCCUUUGACUCAGAGACGGAAGUUGGUUUAAUUUCCUGUGCCGCUUCAGGCAGCAAAAUGCCUUGGGCUGGCCCUCAUAGGAGCUAGCAGGUGUAGGCCAGAAGAGGCCCUUCGUUCCCUCCUUGAACGUAGGAAGAUAACGGGAAGCAGGUGCUGUAUUUGGACGGCUCUUUUGCCACCCUUCAGAAAUAAAUGGCAGGAGGACCAAAUUGCAGCACCCCCAAAUUUCCCCCAUCAAGUUAAAUCACUUCCUCCCUGCCCCCGACCCUCCAAGAUGCAACAUGAGGAAAUGCUGCUUUUCUCCCUUUUCCAUGGAAAUGGAGGAGAAAUGAGGAAGCAGGCUGGUGGAAGCCUACAUUGGCACUAUCCGUUUUUAAAAGUGUCGUAGCACAUUAAACAGCCUUGGGUUUCCCCACAAAGAACUCUGAGAACUGUGGUUUGCUAAGGGGAGUGAAAAUGGUUAGGAGACCCCCUAUUGCCCUCCCCUCCCGCAGAUACAAUUUCCAUAAUUCCCUAUAAAGAGAGACUUGAGUAUUAAACCACUCGAGAAAUUUGAGCUCUGAGGAGGGGAAUUGGGGGUUGCUCAAGAGUUACACCACCUUUGUGAAACUUGCUGGUUAACUCUUGCUAAAGAGAGGUGCAGAAGGUCCCUGGUUCAGGAGGACUGGGGAUCUCCCCUACUUGAAAGCCCAGAGAGUUGCUGUCGGUCAGAGCAGAAUACACUGAGGUAGAUGGACCUGUGGUUUAACUUGGUAUAUAGCCGUUUCUUAAAUUGGCUGAACUGUCUCUGUUUGUCUGCCUGAUUCCAGGACUGGCUAUGCAAUGCUGCUGUGGCUGACACCCUGAGAUGGCCAAAACGGGCACCAAUGAACUUCAGUUACCACUGGGUAAGCCACCUACUGAAACCUACUUACCACUUGCCUACCCCUCCCCACCGCCAGACAGCCCACUACUCCUGAACGGACAACAGCUUUUUAAAGAAAACAAUAUAACUCUUUGGUUUUUCUUCACUUCCUUGCCUCAUUCUCCAUUGCUAUUCUUUCUCCCCCCCCCCAAAAAAAAAACACCCCCCACACACAGAAGAUGGGGAGCCCGCUUCUCAGGUCAAAGACGAGUGGUCAAAGGAAAAGCCAGAGUCUCAGAGCACUGUGAAAAUCGAGGUGGUUUGCACAGACGAUGGAGAGAGCUCUACGCACAGUGCGGGUGAGUUUGAGAAGAAUGUAGACGGCUUUGUAUUUCUUUAACUGAAUUUUUUUGGCUGUUGAUUCCUGUAUUGCAUUGCAGGGGGUUGGACAAGAUGUUCCUAGUGGUCCCUUCCAACUACAGUGGUACCUCAGGUUACAGAUGCUUCAGGUUACAGACGCUUCAGGUUACAGACUCUGCUAACCCAGAAAUAGUACCUCGGGUUAAGAACUUUGCUUCAGGAUGAGAACAGAAAUCGUGCGGCUGCAGCGUGGUGGCAGCUUGAGGCCCCAUUAGCUAAAGUGGUACCUCAGGUUAAGAACAGUUUCAGGUUAAGAACGGACCUCCAGAACAAAUUAAGUUCUUAACCCAAGGUACUACUGUAUAUAUUUCUAUGAUUCUGUGGCCCUGCUGUUCCUUAAGGCCUUUACAAAUGUGAGUUUAAAAAUCGCUCAGUGGCAGCAAAUAAUAAUGCCAGCGGCUUUUUACUUCAGCCUCCGGUUCUGAAGUUGGCUUGUUGGAACCAAACAUAGCAAUAAUAAUGAUAAAUAAUAAUAAUAAUUUUAUUAUUUAUACCCCACCCAUCCUCAUGAUAAAAACAUGAUAAAAUAUCAUGAUAAAAUAUCAAACAUUGAAAGACUUCCCUAAACAGGACUGCCUUCAGAUGUUUCCUAAAAGUCAGAUAGUUGUUUAUUUCCUUGACAUCUGAAGAGAGGUUGUUCCACAGGGGAGGGCAUCACUAACGAGAAGGCCCUCUGCCUGGUUAAUGUUAACCACGGUUUCCUGGGUCAGACAACACAACAAAACUGUGGUUAGCCAAACACAGGAGUGAAAGACCCCAAACUCCACCCUCCAUCCAAGUGGGAGAAGGAAGACAACAGGUUAGCCUGUGAGGAGGUGAGGCUGGCUCAAAACUCCAUAAAUAAACCAAGAAUGGGGAGCCUGCAGCCCUCCAGUUGGUUCCAGGCUACAGCUCGCGUCAUCAUCCCUGGCCAUGCCGGCAGGGACUUAUGGGAAGUUUGGCAACAUCUGCAAGGCCACAGGUUCCCUGCUCCUGUGCCAGAUCAUAGUUUAGCAUGGUGCCCAAUGCGGAAAUCGUAACCAAGAAGCCAGGGGGGGCGGGUCGCAGGCUUCCAUUAAGCCACUUUCCUUCCCUCUGCAGCUGAGGAGCCGACCCGCAAACGGAAGAAGGGCCCUGCCCCCAAGAUGCUGGGUGAUGAAGUGUGCAGCGUGUGCGGGGACAAAGCCUCGGGAUUCCACUACAACGUCCUCAGCUGCGAGGGUUGCAAGGGCUUCUUCCGGCGCAGCGUCAUCAAGGGGGCGCAGUAUACCUGCAAGGGCAGUGGGCAGUGCCACAUGGACAUGUACAUGCGCCGGAAGUGCCAGGAGUGCCGUUUGAAGAAGUGCCGGCAGGCGGGCAUGCGAGAGGAAUGUGAGUAGUUGGCGAGAAGAGACACAGCUGAGAUCUGGGAUGACAAAAGCUUGGGGGAAAGAGGCAAAAAUGGAAAUUGUUUGCCUGCUUUGUUUUCUUUUUUAAGCAGGCCCAGGGAGGAAGCCUACCGGACUCCAACUCCCAUCAGCCCCAGCCAGCAUGGAUAAUGGUGAUGGAUGAUGGGAGUUGGAGUCCGGCAAAAGUCUGGAGGGCCAGAGGUUCCCCAGCCCUGUUUUAAAUAUUUUAUAUCCCACCUUUCCACUACUGUAGACUUCAGCGUAGUUUACAACUUCCAGGUUAUUAUUAUUAUUAUUACAAUUUAUAUACUGCGCUUCUGGGACGCGGGUGGCACUGUGGGUUAAACCACAGAGCUUAGGACUUGCCGAUCAGAAGGUCGGUGGUUCGAAUCCCUGCGACGGGAUGAGCUCCCGUUGCUUGGUCCCUGCUCCUGCCAACCUAGCAGUUCGAAAGCAUGUCAAAGUGCAAGUAGAUAAAUAGGUACCACUCCGGCGGGAAGGUAAACGGCGUUUCCGUGCGCUGCUCUGGUUUGCCAGAAGUGGCUUAGUCAUGCUGGCCACAUGACCCCGAAGCUGUAUGCCGGCUCUUUCGGCCAAUAAAGCGAGAUGAGCGCCGCAACCCCAGAGUUGGCCACGACUGGACCUAAUGGUCAGGGGUCCCUUUACCUUUACCUAUACCGCCCUUCAUCAAAAGAUCUCAGGGUGAUGUACAACAUUAAAAACGCAUUACAGAACAUCAGUAAUAAAAACAUUAAAAAAAACAUUAUGGCAGACAGACAAAUAAUAAAAUAGUUAAUAACGGUCGUCUUCCCCCACACUUUCACAGGCCAUCAGAUUAUUUAAUAGCCAUAGGCCUGGGCAAAGAGGAAUGUUUUUGUCUGGCCCCUAAAGACAUGUAAUUCUGGAGCCAGACAAGCUUCUCUGUGGAGAGCAUUCCACAGUCGGGGAGCCACCACAGAAAAGGCCUGUUCUCUUGUUGCCACCCUCCAAACCUCUCUACAAUGGGGGACAUAGAGAAGGGCCUCAGAUGACAGGCACAUGGUCCGGUUCAGUUUGUAUGGGAAGAGGUGACACUUAAGGUAUCCUUAAGGUUAAGGGCUGUAUCCAAGCUUAGCCAUUAUCAGAGCCAUUCAAGUAAAUCAGCAUUAUUAUUAGGUUUGUAUCCCACCUUUCCUCCCCAAGGAGCCCAGGGCGGCAAACAGAUGCACGAUUGUAAAACAAUUAAAACAUUCUAAAAACAAUCACAAUUAGAAAACAUCCAAAAGCAGUUAAUGGUUAAAAAUGUGCUUCCGUCCAACAAUCUUGGGGUUGCUAGGAACAGUAUUCCUCAGCCACCAAACGCCUAGGUAAACAGGAAUGUUUUCAGAUUCCUCCCGAAAGUGAAUAAUGAUGGAGUCAAGCGCAACUCACCAGAGAGGGUAUUCGACAAGCAGGGGGCCACCGUUGAAAGGCCCUGUUGUGCAUCACCAAUUGGGUGGCCCAGUGGCAGCACAGCCAACAAGGCCCACGUGACAAACUUAGGUCCAUUAACUUCAGUAGUUUCUGCUCUGAGUAGAACUUGAUUCGAUACAGCGCUAAGAUUUCAAGCACUGGUUGUCAAUAACCCUUGGCAACUCUUGUUCUUGUCCUGACCCUCCCCUGCUUGUGUUCCCUCCAGAGAGAGGGAGACAGGGGUUUAUGGCAUUAUGCAAUGCUGUCACCCAACAUAACUGGGGGGUGGGAUGGGGUUCGGUGAGCCGUUGACCUCCUCCGCGGUUGAGGAAAGAGAUGGGAGCUCAUCUUCCUUGUGCUACAUCUCAAAAGCAGAAAGAAGUCCCACAGCUCUCCGAAGAUCAGUGCAACACGAGGGAGAACUGCUGCCAUUCAUCUGUGGUUCUGAAACCAGCCCGUCCUCACAGACUCUGCCUUUUCUAAGCCCAGGGGAAGGGGAAGGGGGGCUGCGCUCUUGCCGGAGCGAAAGUGCAUCUGUAGAUCCUUGAUCCCAGCAAUACAUUAUACAGUGGAACCUCAGGUUACAGACGCUUCAGUUUACAGACUCUGCUAACCCAGAAAUAGUACCUCGGGUUAAGAACUUUACCUCAGGAUAAGAACAGAAAUCAUGCAGUGGCGGCACAGCAGCAGCAGGAGGCCCCAUUAGCUAAAGUGGUACCUCAGGUUAAGAACAGUUUCAGGUUAAGAAUGGGCCUCCAGAACAAAUUAAGUUCUUAACCCGAGGUACCACUGUAAAUUGCUGGCGACAAACAACUUGUGAAAAAAAAAGAAGAUUUAAAACAGGCUUCCUCAUAUUCGGCCCUCCAGAUGUUUUGAGACUAUUAUUCCCAUCAUCCCUGACCACUAGUCCUGCUAGCUAGGGAUCAUGGGAGUUGUAGGCCAAAAACAUCUGGAGGGCCGAGUUUGAGGAAGCCUGAUUUAAAAUAAUACAGAGCAGGGAGGGGGGAAUCUGUAACCUUCAAGAUAUGUUGCUAAACUACAACUCCCAUCAGGUUCGCCAGCUUGCCCCCGCAGAUGCCCAGGGCUGCGCGACGUGCUACGUGGAACUUUGUGGGUGCCCGGCCCCUUCUUUGAAAAUUUGUGAGUGACCGGGCACCCAUGGCCCCCCACAUAGAUGGCGCCUGUGGCUCCCAUCAUCCAUGAUCAUUGGCCAUGCUGGCUGGGGCACAUGGGAUCUGGAGUCUGAGCCACACAGAAACCAGCAAUGUGGUUACCCAAAAACGCACUUCUAAAAGCAGUUCAUGUUAAUUAGAGAGUUGGACAAAUAGGGAAGAUGUGUCAUCGUGUCUAAACGUUAGUAAUGGUUGCAGGAGGCAGAGUUCAGGGAGACAUUUCACAGCCAGGGACUUCAGGGGAUGAGUCAGAGGAUGAGUCAGAGGAUUGGGGAUGCUGAUAAUAAUAAUAAAUUUUAAUAAUAAUAAUAAAUUUUAUUUAUACCCCGCCCUCCCCAGCCAAGACCGGGCUCAGGGUAGCUAACAACCAAUAAUAAAAACAAGUUGAUUAAAAUACAACUUAAAAAACAAGAUUAAAAUACAACAUUAAAAUGCAGCCUCUUCACAGGAGGAGAAAGGAAAAAAGAAAGAGGGGGAGGGAAUCAAAUUGAUUCUAAGCCAAAGGCCAGGUGGAACAACUCUGUCUUACAGCCCAUGCGGAAAGAAAUUAGAUCCCGCAGGGCCCUGGUCUCAUGAGACAGAGCAUUCCACCAGGCCGGAGCCAGUGUUGAAAAGGCCCUGGCUGUGGUUGAGGCUAAUCUAACUUCCUUAGGGCCUGGGACCUCUAGGGUGUUGCUAUUUAUGGACCUUAAGGUCCUCCAUGGGGCAUACCGGUAUAUAGCAGGAACAACUGAGAUGUCUCUUUGUGAUCCCACCCGUUCUCAAUAACUCCUCCCCUCUCCUUCUCUCUAGGUGUUUUGUCGGAAGAGCAGAUCCGUAAGAAGAAGAUCCGUAAACAGCAGGAGGGAGAAGGGGCGUCGGGAGGUGAGGGGGGCGGUGGCGAGGUUCUACGAGUCCCGCCUCUGCCCUGCGACCCCUCUUUGCCCCAGCCUGAACCAGCUCCCCUCACGCCCCAGCAGGAAGGCAUGAUCCGGCAGCUGGUAGCAGCACAACAGCAGUGCAACAAGAGGAGCUUCAGUGACCAGCCCAAAGUCACGGUAAUCGAAGACGAUAUUAGCAAUGGAAGUAUGGGUGUGCAAGUUAUGUGAAGUUCAGCUCUCGUUCGUAUCGCGUCCCAGCUCUGAUGCUCCAGAAAUGCCUGACUUUAUUAGAUAGAUAGAUAAUUUAUUACGGUCGGAGACUAGCUUAUAAAACACACUUGGGGGUACAAUCCCAAAAGGAAAACAAACAUUUAAAACAAUGUGCAACAAUAAAUUUAAAAUUUAUAAGCGUAUAGACACUUUAAGAUAAGCUACCGCAGAGAGAUGACUCAGAGUCACCCAUGGAACCGAGUUUGGGGAUUUUCUUAACGAACUAGUUUGAGUCGGGGGAUGGUCUGUGCCUACAGAUCUGUACACAGAAUCUGGCGACCAUCCGGGUCGUCUUAUUAUCUUUGCCUAACAGGUAAAGGUCGAAUUUUUGCCUUUCCGGGAGGUCAGCAAGCCUCACCAGCAGGGGAUCAAUGGUCUCACUACGUGCCUCUUCAUAAAAGGGACAUCUAAAGAACAAGUGCUCUGGGCUUCCUAUAUCCCCCAAUAAACAGGUGCAAAGUCACUGAGCAUAUGGGACUUUUUUAAAGGAUCCUUCCAGGACCAGUGAGGGCAGAGCUGAGCUUCUGGCGAGUGUAAAAGCCCUUCUUGCAUUUUUGGAUAUGAGAAAGAAGAGAUAUGCUGCCGGUUCGGCUAUAUCUCUCUCAGUUUCUCCAGUUUUAUAGUCGAGGUACCUUGAGCAGUCUCCCACCAGCUCAUUGUUUCUGUGCUUUCUGCAGCACAAGGCAAGUCUCUUCCUCCUCAGCCAGCCCAGAUAUUUAGCAGGCUGGUCCCAGCAAAGGAAAAAUGGAUACAAAAACUUAUGGAAUGUGCAGAAAUGGCAACUCUUACCAGAAGAAUAAGAAAUCAAGAUAACAAACUUUUUAUAAAAAGAAUGGAAAUGGUUUAUUGAAUAUUUGCAGAUAAAUUGUAAACAGAUAAGAACACUGGCAGGAUUACAGUAUUGUUAUAACCUGCAGUUUUAUAGGGGUAUACAGUGGUACCUCUGGUUGCAAACAGGAUCCGUUCCAGACAUGAGCAUCCGUUCUGCUCAAAAUGAGCCGACGCAACCCGCAUCUGUGCGUGCCGCGAUUCGCCGCUUCUGCGCAUGCACGUGACGUCAUUUUGAGCGUCUGCACAUGCGCAAGCGGUGAAACCCAGAAAUAACCCUUUCCGGUACUUCUGGGUCGCUGCAGGACGCAACCUGAAGAGAUUUAACCUGAAGCAAACGUAACAAGAGGUAUGACUGUAUCUUUAAAGAAGAUGAAGAAAUGAGCAAAUGAAGUUAAUUUGGAUAUGCAGAAGAUAUUAAAAAUAAAUUUAAGGAAACACAGAAAGAGGGGGAAGGAAGUCAAGUUUUGAAAUGUCAAAAUGAUUGUAAAAUCAGUGAAGUGUAUAAACCUGAAAAGUAUAAAAAAGAAAUUCAACAGGCUGAAGGAAAGGAGAUGAAUCACUCUAUUCCUCCCUGCUCCAUUAGUCAGCUUGGAGGAAGGCCAAUUGUUUUAUUUUAUUUUUAACGAGCCUGCUAAGAGACUAGUAGUCUGCAUUUCCAUGCCGGUUGCUGAGCUGGCAGUUUCUUCUUCUCCACAGUCAGCAUGGAAGUACAGCAACAAACAUCUAUACAUUGCUGGCUUGUAACUUCCGUGGUUUUAUUUCUAAGGCUGCUGCCCAUCUCCCAGACGCUUCCGUACACCCUGUCUGUGGAAUGUCCCCCUUUCCCCAAUCUUUUCCGCUUUUCCAGCUCCAGCUACAAUGCAUUCUUCCCUGCAAAUCCCGUCGCCUGUCCCAGGGCAGACUCCCGCCCCCUCAUUGCUCACCGACACAUGAUGACUGGUGCUUUUCAAUUGCCUGCACCAAAGCAAGGUUAUAAAAGAGAUUGGGUGGGGAGGAGGAAAAUGAGAAGCAGACACUUCUCUGUUUCCCAGCAGCCCUUUCUGCCCCAUACUUUUGCAAAGAAAGUGGAGAGGGCUGUCAGGGUGGGGAAGCCUUCUGGCAAUGGGAGCAGGGCUGUGAGUUUCAAGGGGGGCGGAUCUGGGCUCAGGAAGACGUCAUCCUUCGUUAAAGGAUGGAUGCAGGGGCAUGUGGCAAACAUGUCAACUUCCGCACCCAUUUUCGCUGGUUCUAGAGACAUCAGAAUGGGCUCUGUAACUGGUCUUCCUUACCCCAACGCAACACAAAUAAAUGUGUUCAAAUGGGAAUACAGUGGUACCUCGGGUUAAGCACUUAAUUCGUUCCGAGGUCUGUUCUUAACCUGAAACCGUUCUUAACCUGAAGCACCACUUUAGUUAAUGGGGCCUCCCGCUGCCACCACACAAUUUCUGUUCUCAUCCUGAAGCAAAGUUCUUAACCCGAGGUACUAUUUCUGGGUUAGCAGAGUCUGUAACCUGAAAUGUAUGUAACCUGAAGCAUAUGUAACCCGAGGUACCACUGUAAAAGGCAUGUCUUUCAGAGACGGGCCCGACUUCUGAACCAGACCAGUAUCCCCAUUUCCUAUCUUGAACCAAGAUGCUUAUUUAUCCUGAUAAAAAGAAACAAAAACAAACCUUGAAUUGGCCUGCCUUGCUCAAUCUGCCUUGAUAGGUUAGUUAAACAAGUUAUGUACACAGCAAGUGCCGUGUUUAACAUUGACUCGCACCUGAGCUUACUAGAUGUAUAGAACACCUCGCAUAAUUUUGGGGGUCCUUGGAGCCAGGAUGUUUAAGUUUGUUUAAUCUGUUUUUACCCCUGAUUUCCCUCCCAUUUCAAUCCUCUUCCUCUGUCGCCACCCCCCCAUCACAAAAUAUGUUUUCUUGACUCAAGAAUCAUAAAAUCAUAGAACUCUAGAUCAUCUCGUCCAACCCUCUGCAAUGCAGGACUAUGCCGCUGUUCCUUAUGGGGAUCGAACCAGCAACCUUGACAUUAUCAGCACCACGCUCUAACCAGCUAAGCUAUCCAGGCCCUGUUCAAUGUACUCAGAAUGGGUACAUUUUGCUGGAUGUGUGGGGAGAGUCAUGGUAAUCCUGGUGGUUAAGAAGAAUAACCAGGGGAGAGUUGGAGAGCAUGGGUUUCUGGAUCUUGUUUGGAAGGGAUCCCUGGCUCUUGUCUUCUUGAUUCCCACCGCCUUGUCGAUCAUACAGGGUGGGUGAGAGAUUUGGAGAGCAGUUUGGGGGUAAGGCUUAGGAUUGCAUCGGUGAAACCUGUGCAUUGUUAAGGGUCUCCUGCCCUAGACUGACCUCAUUUCUCUCUUUCUCUCUCCUUCCAUGUUUCUCCUCCUGCCCCUGCCUGCCUGCCUGCUACCAGCCCUGGCCUAUGGGCAGCGAUCCCAACAGCCGAGAAGCACGGCAGCAGCGCUUCGCCCAUUUCACAGAGCUGGCCAUCAUCUCGGUGCAGGAGAUUGUGGACUUUGCCAAGCAGGUUCCUGGCUUCCUACAGCUGUCGCGGGAGGACCAGAUCGCGCUGCUCAAAGCCUCCACCAUCGAGGUGAGCAAGAGCGGGGGUAGAGCGUCUCCUGCUUCUCCCGACUCGUCGCUUACAAAUUAUAUGGCUGCAAUCCUAACCGUAUCUGCUCAGAAGUAAGUCCUGCUGAAUUCACUGGGGUCUGCUCCCAGGUAAGUGGAGUCAGGACUGCAGCAUUAGCAUCUUAAGCCAGCUAGAAACAUUGCUUCCGGUCCCGGAAGUUGUGGUUCUCUUUACCUAGCUGAAGAGGCUUGGAAGAACCGGCAGAUCCCACAGCAGUGAAGAACCAGGAAGUAGAAUCUUGGUAGGGGAGCCAGCGAUUUUAAUGCUAAAGUCUGCAGCUUCAGUUCCUGGCAUUUGCCGGUAAAAAGGGCGGCUUAAUCGAUUGUGUGAAUGAGUUUCCUGACUUAAACCCUGGAGAGUCACUGCAAUCCAACAAGAUGCUAUGGGGACAAAUCUUCUGCUUUCAAUAUAUAAUAAUAAUAGUAGUAGUAAUAAUAAUAAUAAUAAUUUAAUAUUUAUACCCCGCUCAUCUGGCUGGGCUUCCCCAGCCACUCUGGGCGGCUUCCAACCAAAUAUUAAAAUACAGUAAUACAUCAGACAUGAAAAGCUUCCCUAAACAGGGCUGCCUUCAGAUGUCUUCUAAAAGUUUGGUAGUUGUUGAUCUCUUUGACAUGUGGUUGGAGGCGUUCCACAGGGCGGGCGCCACUACCGAGAAGGCCCUCUGCCUGGUUCCCUGUAACUUGGCUUCUUGCAGCGAGGGAACCGCCAGAAGGCCCUCGGCACUGGACCUCAGUGUCCAGGUAGAACGAUGCGGGUGGAGACGCUCCUUCAGAUAUAUGCAGCAGUCUCCUUUAUUCCUAAUCCAGUGGCAGCAGGCCUGCUGAUUCCAGAGACAAACAAGGCCUGAAAUUCUACUGUGAAAGCAACUUGAGGGUAAUUGCAGUGUGUGGGAGAAAAAUGAGCGCAAGACAAGAGGCUGGAUUUCCCACUGCUGAUGGUUUUAGAUUUAGCAUAAUGUAGGUUGGUAUGCUCACGUGACCGAAUCCGGGGGUGGAGGUGGGCGUCAAAAGCCAGCAUUUCAGGGAGAAUGGUUCUGUCUUAGCGCUAAAAUGUUAGCUUUCCAAAUGCACUGAUUUUUUUUUAAAAAAUAUUUUGGUGGAGCACAAUUCAGUCCAAUGAAUCUGAAGUGGUACAGUCCCCACAUGUGUUUACCGGCUCAGUGAAUGUCUUAAAGUUAUUGUGGGAACAGAAUUCCUGGAUCUAGAUUUGCACUAAACCAUAGUUUAGCAUGACAGGGAUAAACUUCACUGGAUCUGGAAUCUAUGAGGUCCCCCUUCACCCCUCCUGCUCCGGAACAGCCACAAAGAGGAGUUUAGAAGCCAUUGCUUCUGCUUUUGCUAAACCACAGUGUCAUGCUGGCCCAAACAGUACAGUAGUACCUCAGGUUAAGUACUUAAUUCAUUCCGGAGGUCCGUACUUAACCUGAAACUGUUCUUAACCUGAAGCACCACUUUAGCUAAUGGGGCCUCCCGCUACCACCAUGCCACCGGAGCACAAUUUCUGUUCUCAUCCUGAAGCAAAGUUCUUAACCUGAGGUACUAUUUCUGGGUUAACAGAGUCUGUAACCUGAAGCGUAUGUAACCUGAAGCGUAUGUAACCUGAAGCGUAUGUAACCCAAGGUACCACUGUAAUGAAUAAUAAUUUCGAUUUGUUUGAAAGAAGCCAGAUUCAAACUGUAGUUAACAUUAACCACAAUAUAGGGUUAGGAUGGCACAAUAAACUGUAGCUGUGAAAAACAGGAGCUUCCCAACUCCUUGCAUCUGCACUAGAGGAUUGCCAUGCUAAACAGUGGUCUAACGCCGCCAGUGUGAAUCAUUGUUUGUGUUUGAUAUAUAUUUCCACUGUUCUUAUUGUGUUGAUUUCAGACACAGGUCCCAUUGAAUCAAUUAAAAUCAAGUCAUUACUAACGUAGUUCCCACUGAAAUAAAUGGGACCGAAGUUUCACUAACUCAAGCCAGCUUCACACCUUACCUUGAAGGGUCUAUGAUACCACUUGCAACAGUCAUGGCUUCCUGCAUAGGAUUCUGGGAGCUGUAGUUUGUAAAGGGUGCUGAGGGUUGUUAGGAGACCUCCAUUCCCCUCACAGAGCUACAGUUCUCAAGAGCAGUUUAACAAUCAAUCCCACUUACCAGGGAACUGACUCUACCUUGGGAUCCCAGGUGGUUGUUGGACUACAACUCCCAUCAUCCUUAGGUGGAAAGACCAGCGGUCAUGGAUGAUGGGUGUUGUAGUUCAAGAACAUCUGAGGACCCAAGGUUGAGAAAGGCUGCUCUCGCCACUUCAUCACACUGGCUUUCUGUCAGAAAUGUGGGAAACGAUGAAGGAAGGAAGAGAAUGGGUUUAACCUAGGGCAGGAAAGGGGGGGAAAGGUGCCUGGAACUUAUGUGGCCUAGUCAGUUAGUCCAUAUAUGUCUGUGCCAUGUAUGCUGGACAGUUUUUUUCCAAGAGAGGGGUACAACUUCACCCCCUGCCCUGCCUCCACAGAUCAUGCUUUUGGAGACGGCAAGACGCUACAACCACGAGACCCAGUGUAUCACGUUUCUUAAGGAUUUCACCUACAGCAAGGACGACUUUCACCGUGCAGGUGAGGUGGGAAAGGAGAGAAGGUAUGUGUGGGCUGUGAGGGGCUCCUUCCAGAAAAUUCUUCCCCUUGGAGUGGCAGGCCAGAAGAAUACCAAGAACCAGGAAGGAAGAUCAAUACCUUUUGAGGGUGUAUGUGAGCGUUUCUGUCCUACUUCACAGAGAAAGGACACACCCAGACCUCAGGUCAGAUUAAGCGCACACCGACAAAUUCUGUUUUUGUGUGUUGUUGUGUCAAGCUCUCUCCAGAACAGCUGCCUCUGCUCAAGAAAGAGCUUCUUUCUAAAGGAAAGUAUGUUACACCUUUUGCUUUUUUGCCCUUGUUUUUACCUUGCCAGGGGGUCAUAAAUAAGCACAGCGAGGGGCUGGGGAGCCCCAGCAGUUGCCUCAUCCGGGCUCUUGCCACACACAAGGCUCAUUCCUCUCGCUAGAUGUGGAAAUGACAGGGCAUCGCAGCACCCGGCAUGUCUGAACAGAGUUGCAACUCCCCUCCCAAAAGAAUCUCCUUGCUAGCACUGAUUUUGCAGUGAGAUUAGCAAAGCUUUGGCAGACUCUGGGCAAGUACAGAAGUCGUAUCUUGAAUGGAAAGGUAGCAGGUGCAUUUUUUUCCUUCUUCCAAUUUUUUGGGGUAGAUUUGAAAGUUGAAGGUUUUUUUGUGGGGGGGGGCAGUGGGACUUCUUUUGUUUUUUUAAGAAGGCAGUUCGAGGAUUUUCAUAUGCAUUCAAGGUUACACAUUUGUCUGGCCUGGAGCAUCAAGAGUUGGUCUGCUUUUCAGGUGAUUCACACCAUUAAUUCCUUUGUGUAUCAACAAUUAUCUACUUACAAGUCAGGUGAAAGGACAGCCUAAGGAUGGCUGUGUUGCCAUGGCAUGUUUGACAAGAGUUUACAUUCCUUUUUAGCCUUCUUUCUUUCUGCAGCAGUGGGCCUGACAAGGGGGCAGUACCACUAAGAGAUCUGGAAUCCAGUCGGUUUCCUUACUAGGGUUGAUUUGAGUUCAUCUCGUAUUUUGUAUUUUUUUUAAAGCAAAUAAAGGGUGUGUCUAUCUCAGACCCUCUGGUUUGGCUUCUCUCUGUUCUGCCUGUUCAAUGUGCAGUUUGUUAUGCAUCACACUCUGGGGAGGUCCUUUUCUGCCAGAGGGAAACAAAUAUGUAAAUAUGGCUUCACAAUCUCCAUGUUUCCUGUCUCUGCUUGUAGUUUGUUUCUGGCGAGGAUUUGCUUGCACUGCUUUCCCAGAUGUUUCCCAGGCACAAGUCUGGCUUCAUCUGCACUAUACAUUUAAAGCAGUAUCAUACCACUUUAAACAGUCUCUCCCCAAGGAAUCCUGGGAAGUCUAGUCCUGAGAGUUGUUAGGAGACCCUCUACUCCCCUCACAGAGCUACAAUUCCUAGAGUGGUUUAACCACCAAUCCCAGGGAACUUUAGGAAUUGUAGCUCUGUGAGGGGCUUCCCUUACUAUUGCUUUUCUUUAUCCCAGAGCCAGCAAAGUGCCAUGCUUAGGACUUUGUGCAGGGCUUUUUGGGUGCUGCUGAUCAGCAGUGCCUUUUCUGCAGCGGCUCCCAUUUGUGGAAUGCUCUCCCCAGGGAGGUUCAGCUGGCACCUUCAUUAUGCAGUCGUACCUUGGAUCCCAAACGCCUUGCAAGUCGAAUGUUUUGGCUCCUGAAUGCUGCAAACCUGGAAGUGACUGUUCUGGUUUGCAAACUAUUUUUGGAAGCUGAACGUCCGACGGGGCUUCCACAGCUUCCAAUUGGCUGCAGGAGCUUCCUGCAGCCAAUCAGAAGCCGUGCUUUGGUUUCCGAAGCAUUCCUCUUCAGCCACUCCUUCUCCUUCUCCUCCUCCUCCUCCUCCUCCUCCUCCUCCUUCCUACCCCGUCCAUCUGGCUGGGUUCCCUGUAGCUUCACUUCUUGCUGUGAGGGAACCAGGCAGAAGGCCCUCAGAGCUAGAUCUCCGUGUCUGGGCUGAACGAUGGGGGUAGAGAUGCUCCUUCAGGUAUACAGGCCCUGAUUGACAACCGAUGCUCUUUUAAAUGUGUUGUGGGAGAGGGGGUUACAGUCAAAACUCAGUUUUUGAACAUCUUGACUGCCGAACGUUUCACAAGCCAAACGCCAAAAACCUGGAAGUGAAUGCUUCCAUUUUUGAACAGCUUCCAAAGCACGUUUCUCAAUUUCCCCCAUUGAACUUGCUGACAGCCUUUGAUCCUUGGUUUUCUAAUGUUUCGGAAGUUGAACGGAUUUCCGGAACGGGUUGCGUUCGAAAACCGAGGUUACACUGUAUUGUAUUGGUUUGUUUUUGUUAUUCUUGUAUAUAUUUUGUGUUUUUUAUAUUGUAAUGUUAUGUGGUGAACUGCCCUGAGAUCUAUGGAUGAAGGGCAGUGUACAAAUUUAAUCAACAACAACAACAGCGCCUUUAGUCCCGGCCAUGUCUUUACCUGCCUCACACCUGACGGUGACAUCAGCUAUAGACCAGGGGGCUGUGGCCCAGUCAGAAUGGCUUUGCAGGUGAAUUGGGAACAAAUGGUGGGCCUAAUUUGGCUUGGUGAAACCAAAGGACAAUAUACGUCUCUGUGUGGCCAUGAGCAAGGUGUGUUCUCUUUCCCUGACGCUCCGGCUUUCGUUUCCUUCCUCCUCGUUUUACCAUCAGGUCUGCAGGUAGAGUUCAUCAACCCCAUCUUCGAGUUCUCUCGGGCCAUGCGGCAGCUGCAGCUGGACGAUGCGGAAUACGCCCUCCUCAUCGCUAUCAACAUCUUCUCAGCCGACCGGCCCAACGUGCAGGACCACGGCCUGGUGGAAGCUCUGCAACAGCCCUACAUCGAGGCCCUCAGCUCUUAUAUCCGCCUCCACCGCCCACAGGUGUCCGGGGGGCGUGUGGGCAUGCGUGGGGGAGUGGGGCAAUGAAUGCGCAGGGCGGGUGGUGAAGUCAAUGUGAUGGGAAAUCGUUUGAGCAGGCGAAGAGGCAAAAAAUAUUUGGACGCCUCACAGAAUUUGCUCUUGGGCUGCGGCCAAGCGCCGCUGAGACACCCGCUAGUUCCCCUGCUGGGUUCAAGAGAGACUCCUCAGCCUGAAACCUUUACGUCUCCUGGUGGGAAGAAAAAACCCUAAUUCAAGUCACCUCCUCCCCUUUGGCUGCAGAGAAGGGAAGAGCAAGGAAUGGAAAAUGGCAGUGGGCCCUAAAUCGAGGUUACAGACGAAUAGGAGGCGCUGCCUUGAUGCACUGGUCCAUUUAGCUGAAUAUUGUCUACUCUGACUGGCAUCAGCUCUCCAGGGUUUCAGAAGGGAGCUUUUCUCAGCCCUACCUGAGGAGGAAUGAACCUGAAAUAAUAAUAAUAAUAAUAAUAAUAAUAAUAAUAAUAAUAAUAUAUUUAUACCCCGCCCAUCUGGCUGGGUUUCCCCAGACACUCUGGGCAGCUUCCAACAGAAUAUCAAAAACACAAUAAAACACCAAACAUUAAAAACUUCCCUAAACAGGGCUGCCUUAAGAUGUCUUCUAAAAGUCAGGUAGUAGUUUAUUUCUUUGACAUCUGAUGGGAGGGCGCCACCACCGAGAAGGCCCUCUGCCUGGUUUCCUGUAACCUCACUUCUCGCGGUGAGGGAACCGCCAGAAGGCCCUCGGAGCUGGACCUCGGUGUCCCUAUUACAUCUCCAGCUGCUAGGUGUCUUAGAUAGCCCUUCCAAUAGCAAACGUGAGUGACGGGGUACCUGACCAACCCUCGUGUUUCCCCCUCCUCUGGCUUUUUCAGGACCACCUGAUGUUUCCGCGCAUGUUGAUGAAACUGGUCAGCCUACGGACCUUGAGCAGCGUGCACUCUGAGCAGGUCUUCGCUUUGCGUCUUCAAGACAAGAAACUUCCGCCGCUUCUCUCUGAGAUCUGGGAUGUACACGAGUAG